GUGUUUCAAAAGUGGUGUUACGUUUUAUGAAUUUGGUUUCUUCAAUACAAAGACUGUCAGUUUUACACUAUUCAAUAUCUGAUAUAUAUUAAAUAAACUGUGAACGGGGCAUACAUACGUACAACAGCUAUUGAGUAAUACAUGAUAGCAUUUCAUUUGAAUUUGUUUUGUUAAAUAGUUUGCAAGUAAAGUGGGGGAAGGAUUGUUUGAGUAUUCUAUAAAUUUGUUUGUGUGAUUUAAAAUGAAAUCGUAUGAUUUCGGACCAGUUGUAGACGGAAAGACGGAAGGCAAUAGGGUCGUAAUGGAGUUUACUAAUGCUUCCAAGGCGGACGCUGCUAGCGAUGAUUCGUUUUCUGAAGGAAUCAGUAAUUUCUUAGAGAAAAAUAAGCAACAAAUAAAGACAGGGAGGAACAUUUUGAUUUUGGCUCUCUACCUUGCGUAUUAUGGCUACGCUAUGUACUGUAAUUUUGGAGACGAACCAUCAAUUCGACUCACAGUGUUUACUAUUUUCGGAAUAAUUUGCAUAAUUUGGAGAGUUAUCAACAAUUUGGAAUCUUUCUCGAGGGCAUGGAAAGCGUUUCGUCGACAACUGUAUAAUUUCUAUUCAGUUGGUAAACGACCAAAAAUUAUACGCUGGUCGUUGUAUUUCAUAUGGACCUGUUUGUUCAUCGCUUAUGUCGUUGUCAAUGUCGCCAUGAAGGAAGCCAAGAACCUGAUUCCCCUCGGUGGAAUUGCUGUUUACAUUCUACUCAUGGUGCUUCUUUCAAAUAACAGACGACGGAUUAACUGGCAUUGUGUUUUCUAUGGUACUAUUCUACAAUGCCUCUUGGGGCUAUUCGUUCUGAAAACUAAAGCAGGUACGACUACUCUGAUGUGGUUUUCAGAUCGUUUGGUGGAGUUUAUUGGACAUUCAGAUGUUGGCUCGUCUUUCGUGUUUGGGAAAGCAUAUACAAUGCACGAAUUUGCUAUGAGGGUUAUCCCAUCAAUUAUCGUGUUCGUUGCCGUGAUGAACGUGCUCAUCUACCUUGGAGCAAUACAAUUCAUUGUUACGCUGGCUGGGACUCCCAUGGCGUAUAUACUCGAUGUUUCUGCCCCCGAAGCAAUGAAUGCGUUUGCAAAUAUAUUUCUAGGAGGUGCGGAGUCAGGCGCGACUAUGCACGAGUAUCUACAAACAAUGCCACUAUCUAGUGUAUUUGCAAUAUGUGUAGGAGGCCUUGCCUCGUGCGCAGGUUCAAAUCUUAUACAAUAUAUGGCUUUCGGGGUUCCCAUAAAAUAUUUACUAGCGGCUUCAGCCAUGUCGGCACCUGCAGCAUUAGCUUGUGCUAAAAUUGUGUUCCCGGAUACAGAGGAAUAUGACAUUACUGAGAAAGCUCAUGAAGUGGCCCUUGUUUCGGCGACAAAUGGAAGUGUUUAUACUGUAUCAACUAUUGACGAAGAACAUAAAGAAAAUCAUUUUCCUGACACCAACGACGCUGGUCCUGGGGUUGUAAAGGAAGACAAAUCUUUUGAUAAGGAGGACGGAAAUACUUUUUCAAGAAAAAUGGAGGCAAUAACUGGUACUUACACAAAGCCGGGAAGUGUCGGAGAAGCUCUUGUAACGGGAACAGCACAGGGUGUUAAGUUAUCAGCAAGCAUUGUGGGUCUGCUGAUAGUUAGCCUUGCUGUCAUUCAAUUGCUCAACCAAACUGUCCAGUGGUUUGGCGACAGAGUGAACGUACACGUAACAAUGAACCUUAUUCUAUCCUACAUGUUUUAUCCAUUUGUAUUCCUCAUGGGCGUUGAUAGUGAAGAUUGUCUUAGAGCUGGCGAGUUUAUGGGACUACGUACGUUAUCAAGUCCUGUAAUUCCGUACAUAUAUCUGGGACGGGUGAUGGCAAAUAAAGAGGCUUUAAAUAAAUACACGGCCAUGUUUAAUCACACGUUAACAUACGAGAGAUCUGACGACAUUUUCUUACCAAACUGGAAUACAACAUUAGUUGGAGGAAUCUUCUCGGAAAGAUCAGAAAUCAUCGUGACGUAUGCUUUGUGUGGUUUUGCUUCGCUUCCAACAAUCGGAAUAACGUUUGGUCUAGUGACGGCAUUUAUCCCGAAAAGAUUACCGGAAAUAACAAGGCUUGGCUUUAGACUUCUUGUAGCUGGGACAGUUGCAAGCUAUCUUACCGCAUGUGUAGCAGGGUUAUUGUCGUAAAUAACAUGAUGUGAAGAGGAAAUUGCUCAAGUAUGCAGAAUGAAGGAAUUUGCAUAAAGUGUAGACAACAGAUCACUAAUGCUACACACACAUGAACAUCAUUCGUAUUCAUAAUAUAACCUACCUAUUUGUAAUUGACCUUUGAUAUAUUUUGUUAAAGUGACAUUAUGCUCGUUACUUCGUUUGUAAGUUGAAAUGAAUUAACUGAAUUUAAAAGUGAUGGAUAUUAUGAUGGCAAUUUACUA